CCUUAUGAAUGCGAUCAAUGUGGUAAAGCCUUUGCACAGUACAUUGCUCUCCAAAUACAUAAAAGAACACAUACUGGAGAGAAACCUUAUGAAUGUAAUCAAUGUGGUAAAGCCUUUGCACAACACAUUACUCUCCAAAUACAUAAAAGAACACAUACUGGAGAGAAACCUUAUGAGUGCCAUCAAUGUGGUAAAGCCUUUGCACAGCACAGUGCUCUCCAAUAUCAUAAAAGAACACAUACUGGAGAGAAACCUUAUGAAUGUAAUCAAUGUGGUAAAGCCUUUGCACAGUGCAGUCAUCUCCAAUAUCAUAAAAGAACACAUACUGGAGAGAAACCUUAUGAAUGUAAUCAAUGUGGUAAAGCCUUUGCAUGUCACAGUGAUCUCCAAAGACAUAAAAGAACACAUACUGGAGAGAAACCUUAUGAGUGCCAUCAAUGUGAUAAAGCCUUUGCACAUUGCAGUUCUCUCCAAUAUCAUAAAAGAACGCAUACCGGAGAGAAGCCUUAUGAAUGUAAUCAAUGUGGUAAAUCCUUUGCAAGACACACACCCAGUAAUCUCCAAUAUCAUAAAAGAACACAUACUGGAGAGAAACCAUAUGAAUGUAAUCAGUGUGGAAAAGCCUUUGCAGGUCCCAGUACUCUCAAAAGACAUACACUGACACAUACUGGAGAGAAACCUUAUGAAUGUAACCAAUGUGGUAAAGUCUUUGCACAGCGAAGUUAUCUCCAAAUUCAUAAAAGAACACAUACUGGAGAGAAACCUUAUGAAUGUAAUCAAUGUGGUAAAGCCUUUGCAAGACCCAGUCAUCUCCAAUAUCAUAAAAAAACACAUACUGGAGAGAAACCUUAUGAAUGUAAUCAAUGUGGAAAAGCCUUUGCAGGUCACAGUGUUCUCAAGAGACAUAAACUGACACAUACUGGAGAGAAACCUUAUGAAUGUAAACAAUGUGGUAAAGCGUUUUCAUGUCACAGUAAUCUCCAAAGACAUAAGAGAACACAUACUCGAAAGAAACCUUACGAAUAUAAUCAAUGUGGAAUAGCCCAUUCAUCUCCACUAUGA